AGCUCUGCAGGCCUCUGCGGUUUGAUUUCCUGUUUCAAACAUGUAUCCUGCCGUGAGGAAGCUGUUUUUCACGGACUGUCGGUGCGCAGGAGAUGGAUCCACGGAGACGUACGAGCAACUGUUCGCCAAGCUGGACACCAACAAGGAUGGAAUAGUGGAUGUUUCCGAGCUGAGGGCAGGCCUGGCUGCGAUGGGCAUCCAAACCGGGCAGGGAGCAGCUCAGAAAAUCAUUUCCUCCGGAGACCAGAACAAAGACGAUGGGCUCAACUUCAACGAGUUCUCCAAGUACCUGAAGGACCACGAGAAGAAGUUACUUCUAACGUUCAAGAGCUUGGACAAAAACGAUGAUGGUUGCAUAGACUACAUGGAGAUAAAGCAGUCGCUCGCUGAUCUGGGGAUGGACAUCAGCCAGGCGGACGCAAAUAAAAUCCUUCAAAGUAUUGACAUGAAUGGGACCAUGACUGUGGACUGGAACGAAUGGAGGGAGCACUUCCUGUUUAACCCGGCCACCAGCCUGCAGGAGAUCAUUCGCUACUGGAAACACUCCACGGUUCUGGAUAUUGGUGACAGUCUUGCCAUCCCGGAUGAGUUCACGGAGGAGGAGAAGACGACCGGUGUGUGGUGGAAGCAGCUGACAGCGGGGGCCAUGGCGGGUGCUGUGUCGCGCACAGGAACUGCCCCUCUGGACAGAAUGAAGGUCUUCUUGCAGGUUCAUUCUUCUAAGAGCAACAAAAUCAGCCUGGUGGGUGGUUUUAAGCAAAUGUUAAAGGAAGGAGGAGCGGCAUCGUUGUGGAGAGGAAAUGGUGUCAACGUCCUAAAGAUUGCUCCUGAGACAGCCAUUAAAUUCAUGGCUUAUGAACAGUAUAAGAAGCUGCUGUCCAGUGAACCAGGGAAAAUCCGGACCCAUGAGAGGUUCAUGGCAGGGUCACUGGCUGGAGCCUCAGCGCAAACUGCCAUCUACCCCAUGGAGGUGAUGAAAACACGUCUGACGUUGAGGAAAACUGGACAAUACUCAGGAAUGUUUGACUGUGCCAAGAAAAUCCUGAAGCGGGAGGGGGUAAAGGCUUUUUAUAAGGGCUACAUUCCCAAUAUUCUGGGCAUCAUUCCCUACGCGGGGAUAGAUCUGGCAGUGUACGAGAGUUUAAAGAACCUCUGGUUAUCAAAAUAUGCCAAAGACACAGCAAACCCAGGUGUUCUGGUGCUGCUGGGCUGUGGUACCAUCUCCAGCACCUGUGGCCAGUUGGCAAGCUACCCGUUGGCGCUGAUCCGUACUCGCAUGCAGGCCCAAGCUUCUGUCGAGGGAUCGGAGCAGAUGCCAAUGGGUCACAUGAUAAAGAAGAUCCUGGACAAAGAAGGCUUCUUUGGACUUUACCGUGGCAUCCUGCCCAAUUUCAUGAAGGUCAUACCAGCGGUCAGCAUCAGCUAUGUGGUGUACGAGUACACACGAUCCGCCUUGGGUAUCCAGAAGUAGGCAGCAGACCCAUCCAUUUCCACUUGUUUAUUAUUAUUUUUUUAUAAAUAUUCAAAUAAUCCCAUUCCAUUUUCCACCUUUUAAAAAAAGUUGUUGCACCCAGAGAUCACCAAAGUUUGGACUUGAAUGAAUGCAGAUGGUUUAACACCAUGCAGUGCAAGCAUCCGGGUUCCAAAUGGACAUUUUGAGUGCAGAUUGUUUAUAAAAGACCCAAAGCUUUAAAUGCUCCAACAUGUCUGUUGUAAAAAGGCUUCAAAUUAUAUAAAGAGUAAUCUUUGGUUUGAGUGAAAAUUCAAAAUCUUAUGUAACAGAAAUGUCAUAAAGUUGUUUAUUUAACAAAAAAACAUCUAAUUGUUACUUGGUUGAAAGUUAAAGCCACCACCUGCUGUU